AUGCAACCCUGCACCCAAACUGUCAAGAGUGGAAAAUCGGAAACGGGACGCUUUUUUCGCGCAAGAAAGUGAGCAAAUAAAACACACAACCUGCUGUGCAAAGGUCGCGUACUGCUUUUUCGGUUUCGGCGCUGAAGCCCCCGGGGGCCAGGGACAUCCUCUCACACACCAGCAACAACAUGUCGGUGCCACCGUUAGCCGGUGGCCAGCCGUUUGCUCCAUCGCUCGUGUCGCACUUUAACAUUCCCCCGCCGGGUUUUGGUGCAGCACCGGGUGGGGGUGCAGGUGCUCCGGUCACUCCGGUGGCUGCCGCGGUAGCCCUAGCGGCUGCCGCAGCUGCGGCCGCCAAUGGAUCGAUCGUAGAUCCGGCCGCCACCGCACCGGUCGCUGGACCGCUGACGACGGGUAUCGUGAACGAAUGGUCGGAACACAAGACGCCCGAGGGCCGCACGUACUACUACAACAGUAUCACCAAGCAGAGCUUGUGGGAGAAACCGGACGAGCUGAAAACACCGGCCGAAAAGCAGCUGAGCCAGUGCCCGUGGAAGGAGUACCGGUCGGAUGCGGGCAAGCUGUACUACCACAACACGCUCACGAAGGAAUCACAGUGGGUGGCGCCGCCCGAGUAUCUGGAGCUGAAGGAGAAGGUGGCCGCCGAACAGGCGGCGGCCGAAGCGGCCAAAGCCGCCGCCCUGAAAACGUCCGCCAUGGCAAGCAGCAUGCUGAUGCAGUCCGUUGUCCUGCCCGUCGUGUCACCGGCCCUUGCCGGUGCACCGACGGCCGCACCUGCCAGCACGGUACCGGCCGCUACCAGCGAUGGGCCAGCGAUGGGGCUAAGUGCAGUUGCCGGUGUUACGCCCGGUUCGGCAGAAAACUCGUCCUCCGCCCUGGAUCAAGCGAUGGCAGCGACACUGGCCGCCAUCGAAGUGCCCGACGAUCCGAUCGACAAACGGGACGAUGAAUCGCAACCGGGCCAAACGGACGAAGAGCCGGCCAUGGAGUUUAAAGACAAAAAGGAAGCGAUCGAAGCAUUCAAAGAGUUUCUGAAGGAGAAAAACAUUCCCUCGAGCUCGUCCUGGGAGCAGUGCGUGAAGAUCAUCCAGAAGGACCCGAAGUUUAACGUGUUCAAGAAGCUCAGCGAGAAGAAGCAAGCGUUCAACGCGUACAAAACCCAGAAGCUAAAGGACGAGCGGGAGGAGCAGCGGCUGAAGGCGAAAAAGUCGAAGGAAGAGCUGGAAAAGUUCCUCAUGUCGUCGGACAAGAUGAACAGCAUGCUCAAGUUUUACCGCUGCGACGAACUGUUUGCCAACCUGGACGUGUGGAAGUCCGUGCCGGAGCAGGACCGGCGCGACAUCUACGAGGAUUGCAUCUUCAACCUGGCGAAGCGGGAAAAGGAGGAAGCGCGGGUGAUGAAGAAGCGCAACAUGCGCGUACUGGGCGAGCUGCUCGAGGCGAUGACCUCCGUCACCUACCAGACGACCUGGUCCGAGGCGCAGGUAAUGCUGCUGGACAACGCUUCCUUCAAGAACGACGUCAAUCUGCUCGGCAUGGACAAGGAGGAUGCGCUGAUCGUGUUCGAGGAGCACAUCCGCGGCCUGGAGCGCGAAGAGGACGAAGAGAAGGAGCGCGAAAAGAAGCGUCUCAAGCGGCAGCAGCGCAAAAACCGCGACCAGUUCCUUGCCCUGCUCGACACGCUGCACGAAGAGGGCAAGCUCACGUCGAUGUCGCUGUGGGUCGAGCUGUACCCGCUCAUAUCGGCCGAUCUGCGCUUCUCCGCCAUGCUCGGCCAGCCCGGCUCGACACCGCUCGAUCUGUUUAAGUUCUACGUAGAAAAUCUGAAAGCCCGCUUCCACGACGAAAAGAAGAUCAUCAAGGAGAUCCUGAAGGAGAAGGAGUUUGUCGUCGUGCGGACCACCACCUUCGAAGACUUUGCGACGGUGGUGUGCGAGGACAAGCGGUCGGCCACGCUCGACGCCGGCAACGUGAAGCUAACGUACAACUCGCUGCUCGAGAAAGCGGUGGCGGCGGAGAAGGAGCGGCUGAAGGAGGAAACCCGCCGCAUCCGGAAGCUGGAGAACGAGCUGAAGGGUGUGUGGAUCGAGGCGGGCCUGACGAUGGUGGACAGCUGGGAGACGGCCCAGAAGCUCGUGAUGGAUCGCGAGGCGUACGAGCUGUACGAGAAGGAGGACAAGGUCGAGCGGUUGUGGGAGGACUUUGUGAAGGAGACGGAGGACUCCUGCAGCCAUCACCAUUCGCGGUCGAAAAAGUCGAAAAAGAGCCGCAAGCACAAGAAGAAAUCACGCUCGUCGUCGAAAUCGCUCUCGGAAGCAUCGGAGGUGGAGUACGAAAAGCCAUCGUCGAAGAAGAAGCGACGAUCCCGCUCCCGAACACCGCUGACGGCGAGCGAUCUGUCCGAGAGUGAGCACGAGUUGCACGAGGAACCGUUGCACCAUCAUAACGACCAUCACGGUAGCGAACGGUUGGACCGGAAGCGGAAAAAGAAGAAAAAGCACCACCGCAAACCAUCCCGUUCACCCUCGUACGAAGAAGUGAUUGUGAUGGAGAAGAAUGGUGGUGGUGGUGGUGGUGGUGCGUCACGGUCCCGCACACCGUCGCCGGAGAUUGAGAAGAAAAAGAGAAAGAAGGACAAAAAGAAAAAGGACAAACGCCGAACGUCCCGAUCGGUUAGUCGGGCCAGCAGCGGUGGUGGUCGCAUCCGCAGCCCGCUGGACGAUGGUCGUCGAAGUAGCCGGUCGCCCAAGAUGGCGGACGAUGCGGCACUGAGCGAGUCGGAGCUGGAAUCGCAACGGGCAGCACUGUUGGCGCAGCUGAACGAACAGAUGGAUGAGUAGCGGCCGCGCGUCAGCUCACUCGAGCACGGACUGACCCGCAAUGGAAAGCACGCGUGAAGCAAGGGCAGCACAGCCAACCGUGUCCUUCCCGAAACUCGUCUCUCGUACGCUGAAGUGGUCAAGAAAGGGUGUAUAUUUUACGCGAAAAAGUCUAUAAAAAACGAGUCCUACAGAAACACAUGUCCCACAAAAAUCGACUAGAAAAAAAACUCUCAGGCAGUUCUAA